AAAAACCUAAUCCUAUUUCAAUCUGAAAUUUUGUUUCUCUCUUAUUCUCACUGUCGUGAAUCGCCUGGUCUCCAUCCACAAGAAGGUUGCACUGAUCUCUGUCUAUCCACCAUCGCGAGUCUUCUCCGUCGAAUGCUCCUGCAUCUUCGUGUAUCAUCGCCGUCAAGCGCUUCUACAGCGUCGUUUUUUCAACUCUCGCAACCGCAACCUCCGAUCGAAUCUCGUAACCCUAGCUUUUUCAACUCAAAUAAAUUCAUCUUUCAACUCAGUUUGACGUUUUUUAUUUCUAUAUCUAUUAUAGAGCUCGGUUAGUUGGUGAGUUAAUUCAUUGGUUGGUAGGGUUUUUACUAAUGUUUACAUUGAUUAUAAACUUGGGUGAUUUUUGUAAACAAACUGUUUGUUGAAAUGCCACAAUGAGUUUAUUAGGUUGAUUUUGAGUAUACAGGUAAAGGGAUACCUAAUCCCACACCUCGUUUGUUGUUAAGCUGAUAGUUGAGAGCUGCACCUAGGGAUAACUACUGCCAAACUAGUGUCCUCUUAAGGAUUACCCAUCACUAAAAUCUAGGAGUUUGAAGUUAGCUAGGGAAUGACAAUGUCUUUCUCGAGGGAAAUGUUAUCAUUUGGUGAUCCAAGUUGCCGAACAAAUCUGUUCGUGGAUGCUUGUGUUCUGGAAUGGGGGUGGCUUCAACCUUAUCUUCGAAAUGGGGAGUAGUUGGAGACUUUGGGGGAAACCAGGACAGACUGGACGAAUAGAACCAUUAGCUUCAGUCACGAUGUGUUACUUUCAAGCGAUUUGCAUGGGUGAUCAGAUUAAUACGAUACUCAUGCCAUGCUGAAAACUCCCUAUCCUUUGACUAAAAAACAAGUAUUUGAGAGGGCUAGCAGUCGACAAAUGAACCUAUUACCAAAUGGGCCAUCAUGUAAGGGUCUAAGCGUGCCAUGGAAGCAACAAAGGAAGAUAAGGACGGCUGGUUUUUAUUAGUUUAUCCUUUCUGCCUUGAGGACAAGUCAACUUCGCAGGGGGAUGGUAGGUUUUUGGAUCCUGUUAGUUAUGAAAAAGGGAUCUACUUGUAAAUGACAAAUCGAAGAGAAUAUUAGUUUGAGAGGAGAGAUUGAACUAAUCUGCUGUAGUUAGGUAUUCUUUUUAAAGAUACUGUCCGGUUCGCUACUAAUUGCAAUUUGCUUGUUUUGUAUUUUCAGCUGCAAGGAGCCUAUUGAGCCACUGUCAAUUGAAGAAGUAGCUGAACUAAUCUGCUGUAGAUAGAUUUUUGGUAACAUUUAAUUUUUCUGCAGCUUGAAGUAAUUUACAAGAUCAUUGCGCAUAUGGCUGCCAACGAAAGAGCACUAGUUGCUGAAGGUAACUGGCAUGUUUGGUCUUUUUUUAACCCAAAUUUGUAUUCUUAAUGAUCCUUGAAUGUAGAAGAAAAGGUGUUAAAUUUUAGUUUAUGUGGAAGAUGGAAAACUAUAAUUAUCCGUGUUUCUAGUAUCUAAUUGUUUUGCUGGUUGGUGUGUGCUCUUUUGAUAUACCAUUCAUUUUUUAAACCUGAACUUGUAUUCUUGAUGAUAUUGAAUGUUGAUUUAUAUGAAUUUUAAAGUUGAAUGUAAGAAAUUAAUCCUUUAUUCCAGAUUCAUGAAGUUUGGUUCAGAAGUACAAUACUGAAGUUGACUUGAAUUAAACCAACUGGUUUUCAAUUUGAAAAAAAAAAAACAAAGCUGGUUCUACAGAUCUGUUUAAUUGUUUUUGGGAUGUCAUAAGGGUCCAGUGAAAAUAGGAAAAUUGUUCCCAUAGAGCUGUUCCCCAAAAAAGUGUGGAUUGAAAUUGAAUGCCUUUUUGUCUGUCCACCCUUCAUUCAUGAUCAAAUCAAUCCAUUAUUUUUAAUAGCUUUUUUCUUAUGUGUUGUGUUGUCUGAGUUCCUUCUCUGAAAUGAUCUUAUGUUGUUUUGUACUUGUCAACUUCACUGCUAUAGUUUGACUUAAAUUCAUGAACUAUUUUUAGGGCGAGCCCUAGCAUAUUGGUAAACUUUCCACCUUGUGACCUGGUAGUCAUGGUUAUAGCAGGGUUAAGGUUGUCAAUUAAGACCCUAGUUGGACCCCACUAAAAUGAGAAGUCUUGUUCACUGGACAAGACCAUCCUUUAGAUUCUUAAAAUUUUUUUUUUCUUUUUCUUAUUUUGUGAUAAGGAAAAUGAGUGGUAGAUUAAAAGUUCUCAUGUGAUUUCAUAGGUUCUCAAAUGUCUCCCUUGCUUUCAGUUUCUUACAUUUUCUUAACUGUUAACUUUUAUCAUAGCAUAUUGGGAACCUGUUCGUUUUAUGAAAGUAAAAAAUAAGGAAGGUUAGUUUUAGAUUUUUAAAAUAGAGGAAGAUUGGUAUGAUUCACUUGAAGUAUUUUUGGUUUAAGUAUAUUCUCUUGGCAUGUGUCUUUAAUGAGCUUAAUAAUCAUGUAAAUGAGCCAUUAGGAUUACAGUCUGCACUCUGGACAGAUAAAUAACACGGUGAGGUCUUAAAUAUGUAAGUUAAACAGUAGAUUAUUGUGAAAAAAACAACCAAUUAUCUUUUUUGUUAAUACUGAUAAGGAGGCAUAUCUUGUGCAGUGCUGCUAGCCCCCAUACCAUAGUUAAUGGUAAAGAUGUUGUCAAUUUUGCUUCAGCAAACUAUCUUGGGCUUAUAGGUCAUCAAAAGUUACUUGUAAGGAAAUGAUCCCAUAUCAAUAAAUUAUUUUUCUCGGGCACUGCUUUGGUACGUGAAUCUAGUUUACUUUAUCUUGUAGGAUUCAUGUUCUUCAAUUUUUUAGUUGCAUUUUUUUGUAACAUAUUUGGAUAGUUUAUAUUAUUCCCAUUGCUGCUUAAUCAGUAUGGUGCAAAGAAUGAACUGAAUUCUUCAUCUACUUUAUAUAACUCUGAUAUCUCAAGCAGGUUCAAGUUUCAUAUAUAAUUUAGUAUCUUUUAACAGGGAUGAGGGAGUCCACUGGGGAAUACAGAAUGGCCUUUAUCUUUCUAGAAGCAUUGUGGUGUAUUUUAAGCACAAUGACAUGGAUUAUUUUAAAGAAACUUUAGAGAACAUUACUUCGAAAUAUAAGCACACCAAGAAUUUGAGGCGUUAUAUUGUUGUUGAAGCUCUCUACCAGGUUGAGAAAUUAGAUCUUAUAACUGCUGCUAUAGGACAUGCAUUGGCAACAGAAGGAGGAUUCUGCACCGGAAGUGCAAGAGUUAUAGAUCACCAACGAUUGAGUCGCUCUGGUUAUGUCUUUUCUGCUUCAUUGCCUCCAUAUCUUGCAAGCGCUGCAAUUACAGUUAUUGAUGUCCUUGAGGAAAAUCCCAAUCUGUUAACAAAGUUGAAGAACAACAUUGCUGUGUUAUGGAGAGGGUUGUUGGAAAUACCAGGCUUCACAAUUGCAAGUCAUCCAGAAUCACCAAUUGUUUAUUUGAGAUUAAGGAAGUCAAUGGGCUCUAACAAGGCAAUGGCAAGGAGAGAAAGAAAAGUCAGCAAAGUGGAAAAGAUACAAACAAUAACAACAACGCAUAAGCGGUUUUCCCCAAAAGCUCCAACGGAGCGCUUAUUUCCCAAAGCGGUUUUUUCUGUUCAGAAUUGAGUUGCUACUCAGUUCUGUUAUGGAAGGUAAUGGAAAAAUGGCUUUGAAUUUGAAAUGCUCAGACUUGAACUGGUUAAAGAUGAAGAAUCCAUUACUCUAUUUUUUUGUGUUAAUUUUAUCUUUGAUAUUGCUGAUUAAAGAUGAACGGUUCACUACCUCACCAAUAUAGGUGAGUACUUUGUUCUUUAUUUUACCUGUGUAUACUGAUAGAGAGGCAAAUAAAAAUUUAGAUUUUUUUU